AUGCCGUCAAACAUUCGAGAAUCGGAUGCAUCAUGUCUAGAGAUGAUACGAUCAAUCAUACGAUCAACGGCUGAUGACAAUUCGAAAUGGGUUGAGAUAUUCGUGGAUUUUGAGAAUGCACAACCGACGAAUGAAGAGAGAGAAAUUUACAAUAUGGCAGAGGAGGUGUUACAUGAUUGUGAUGUGGUUUUAGCAGAUGUCUCAAGUUAUGGAAAUGGCUGCUACAUUGAACGGUCACAACUGAAAAACGACAGUGAUACCCAAGCAUUGAAAAUCCUGAUGACAAAACUAGAACCCUUCGUCGCGAGAACUUGUUCCUACUAUGAACACGUGACAAAAAUCGGAAAGAUCGUGCCGAUACUGCUAUGGGAAUUGUCAUCUGGACCGUUACCUCUUGAGGAACAACUUGCCAAUAAACAGUCCAUCGCCAAACAAUUCGCCCGACUAAUUGGAUUUGUACUGGAUUUUGAUGUUGUCAAGAUGAAAACCGCCCAAAUUACAAACGACUACAGUUAUUACCGCCGAGCGAAACACAUUGUUUACCAGGAUUUCGAAGACCAAGGAGUACCAGAACUUCCUCAAGUUCAAAUGUUUCUAUGCGAAGGAAAUCCAAUGUUGAAAGCAUUAUGUAAUGGAGUUGACUCCUACAUGCAUACACAUCAAUCCCUUCCAAUAAACAAUACAACCGAUGUCUUCGUAACAAUUAUCAACGUCUGCCGUUUUAUGUUGGCUAAUGAAGAGUGUCUGGCACGGUUGACAGAUUCAUCGAAACAUUUAUGCUGUCGAGUCAUGACUGGACUUGUGAUUUUAUUUGAUCACGUGGAUCAGAAUGGAGCAUUUGUGUCGAAUUCAUCGAUUGAUAUGAGAGAUGUAGUUAGGUUGAUCAAAUCCAAUACAACACAAGAACAGUCUGAUUGCCUACUUGCCGGACUUCGAUUCACAACGAAACACUACAACGAUUCGAGUACUCCGAAGUCUCUUCGUCAUCUGAUUGAAGUAAAAUAA